AUGUCGGCAGAUCUUUUUGCAGAGUUUGGAGCUGAUGCUCCUUCUGACCAACAGCAACAGUCUGCGAUAUCCACAAAGCCCGGUGCACCCGCAACGUCGGAUUUCAGCUUCUUCAAUGAUCUGGCCAACACUCCAGGCCCCGGCGCAAUAUCCCAACAAGUACCAUCAACCAACACUUUUCACAAUCUUCACUCUUCUUCUGUGCAAGCGGCCGAUACGGGUGAUAAUGACGACUGGGGCGACUUUGAAGGCGGCUCGUCAUUCGAGCCAGCUCGUAACACCCCACACGACCCAUUUGCCUUUGCACCGCCCCAAGCCUCGCAGCCACAAACAAACUCGUGGAACAUCACCUCUAACGACAAUGACCCGUUUGCAUUCUCAACACAGACAUGGCAACCGGCACCUAUUGUAAAGGCCAAGAAACCUGCAGAUUCGAGCGUGCUCUUCGACGUAGAGGACGAAUUUGACAAUGACGACGACUUUGGCGACUUUGAGGGCGAAGAAAAGACACAGGUGAAUGUAGGAGUGCCGGCUACAUCGUCAUCUGCACUCGUGGAUCUACUCGGGGAUAUGAGCAUAUCACAACCGCAGCCUCCAAGUAGCGGUCAGAGAGAUAUAAGCGGCGAAAAGCCAGCAUGGAAAAAUCAAGUGUCUACCAAGAAGAGUGCAAAGGCCAGCUUUGGUGCAGUGCCCAAGUCAAAGCCGCCUGCGUCAAAACCUGCACCGACGCCACAAUCGGAAGAUGACGGAUGGGAUGAAUUUGACGACUGGGAGGCAUCUAUUCCCACGCAAGCCUCCGCAAAAGCAUCAAACAAGCAGGCCACCAAAUCUCCCACAAAUACUGCACCGCCGCCGAUACUCUCUCCCAUAACAGCUGACCCACAGCCUGGCGAGUUGCCUCCGACCAACGUUCCACCACCUGGAGUUCUGCUUUCGCUCUUUCCUUCCAUGUUCACGGAGGCACAGGAAAAGCUUUUCAAGCCCAUGGCAGCACAGCCCCUACCCAUGCGGAACAAGUUGCUCGCCGAGCCAGCUACGACUGCUUACCUUGAGGGCUAUCUCAUGCUGGCAAACGUGGCGGCACACAUUAUCGCAGGACGAAAGCUGCGCUGGAAACGAGACCAGCACUUGUCUCAGGGCAUGCGAAUAGGGCCAGCGUCAUCACGAGCAACUUCUGGAAUGAAGCUAACGGGUAUCGACAAGGGCGAAAACCUCAAGGAAGAGCGAGAAGUUGCCGACGUGGUGAGAAGCUGGAAAGAGCAGGUUGGAAGGCUGCGACAUGUGGUUGCGGGUGUCAAUCAGAUCAGAGCGGGUGCUUUGGAUCGCGGCCCCGACCUGCAAGAGACGAUGCCUGUCAAGACGUUGAAGCAGUCCGAGGGCGGUAUACCUGCACGGCAGGCUUGCAUGUUAUGUGGGCUCAAAAGAGAAGAAAGAGUGACUGCAGCCGACUUGGCUACCGAUGACAGCUUUGGCGAGUGGUGGAUCGACCAAACCAACAUGCAUCGAGGUGCGUCUUCGCCCACUGCCAAGCCUUGCCACUCAUGCGCUGAUUUUGCUAUUAGGUUGCAGGAACUUUUGGAACCAGCACAGAGAUGCUCUUCGGCAGCGAUGAUGGCUUGGGUGUGUUCCGGAUCACAUGGCUGGAGCGGACGAAUCGUCGGCGCGGUGGAUUUGCGGACAAGGGGAGAGGCUACGGCAAUGUGA